AUGCCGAACUAUGUCAAAGUGAAAGCCAAUGCGGACAAACUUUUUGCUGAAGAUGAUGCGCAGAGCUUCUGCUGCGAAGCAACAUGCGCGACGCACACCUGUGACGAAUCGCAGGGUCUGGCGGUAGAUCCGAAAAAACUGCACCUCACCGAUGUCAGCGACAAGAAGUGCUGCAGCGCAACAUGCAGCGCCUUUUCAUCCUGCCCGGACGGCUACGCGGUGCCUGCUUCUAAGGAGAACACUAUUGGAAGCACCAAGGAGGAAUGCUGUGAGCCGCUUUGCAGCGCGUUCCACUGCAGCGCUGGCUGGAAGCCUGACCCUGUAAAGGUGACUGCACUCCGGCACUCGGAUGAGGCUUGCUGCCAGAAAACCUGCGCCAAGUACGACUGCGGCACGGGGUGGAAGAAGAAAGCAGGCACCGACGACUUCGUGGGAGUGGAUGACUCGACAUGCUGUGAGAAGACCUGCGAACAGUACCAGGACAAGUGUACCGGUGACUAUGCGCCAAACCCGGCUCUCAACAACACCGCCGGCCACACUGCGGCUGCCUGCUGCAAGAAAACUUGCGCCCUCUACUCCUGCAAUGCUGGCCAGAUCAAGCCGAAUGCCAAGGAGAUCAUUGACGCAAGCGAGGAUGCUUGCUGCGAAGCUGUUGAAUGCGCCGUCUUCCGCGAAAAGAAGGUGAUCGAGGGAGGCUGCAAUGGCUUGGACCAGGAGAAGUGCGCUGCCAGCAAGUUGGAGCUCAAGAAUACUGAGACCAAGAAGAUAGACGAGGUGGCCUGCACCUGGAAUGGAUACUACGGGAUGUGCUUCGUUGGCAGACGCCUGAGUUGGCCAAGCGCACCUUUUACGAGUUCACAGUACCGUCAUUACCGUCGAUGUGGAAAAGUGGGUCCUUUACUCUCGAGUCCAUGGCUCCGGGUUUGGCGGGGGUUUCCUACUUAUUGUGUCCCUGCUCGGCGAUCCUUACAAGUUCGAGGAAGCGAGAAAAAAGGCUUCGUGAGUUUAGUUUGCAAGGUGGCCGUAGUUUGGUUUCUUUCAAAGUCGUAG